AUUCAUAUUAUCCUGUAGUCGUGAUGUAGCGUUCGCGUGUGCUGUCGAUGUGUCCAUAAUAUACGCGUCACUGUACUGCGCGUCGCUUUUUGUUUUUGUUUUUUUAUUACUCGUGCAAUAUAAUAAAUAAUAAUUAUACCUACUUAAAUAUAUUAAUAUAUAAUGUAGGUACUUCAGUAAAUCAUCCAUGUGCUUUAUUCACCUCACCACUGAUUAUAUACACAUUAUAAAAAUGUGUAUAAAAAAUACCCAUAAAAUUCUAUUGAAUUGUGUGUGAAACGAGAAGACUAAUGUUUUAGUGCAAUAUUUAGAUUUAGACAAAUUAUAGCUCCGAUCCUCGAUCGUAGGUUAAGUUUUUAUAAUAAUAUUAUAUGAAAUGUUAAAUAUGCGUAGUAUAAUCUAUUAUGCCUAUAUUGCACUAUGAGUAAUAAUUAAUUCAUAAUAAAUUAACAAUCAUAAUGUUUUAUUAAUUCCGUCGAUCUGCGUAUGUGAUGUACUUUUUUUUCUUACAAUAAAGCCGCGGGAUAAUUGAUUAUUUGAUUUAAAAUUUAAAUUAUUAGUAACUAAACGAUGUGUAGUACAUUUUUAUGAGAAAUGUUUGAUUAAAUUGUGAAAAACAAAAUAUGAUUGAUCCCGGAAACACAUUUCUCAACACGUUUUAUAUUACUUCCUGUCUAACCGUCGCAUGUGUAAUAGCUCAAGAAUGGUUAAACGUAACAUCUAACUAUACAGCGUUAAUGGGUGACCUUAAUAUCGACUUACUGGAGCCAGGUAUUGCUGUGCAGCUAUAUGAAGCUAAAAAUGACAAUUACACUUUAAUGGGUACAAUACCUGUCGACGGGAAUCAGCAGAAUAUUACCAUACAUUGUGGCGUUAUCACCAAAGGUGGACACUAUAUAAUUCAAUUAAUUUCUAAUGACACCACUGAAGAUGAUGAAAUAUUUAAAGACAGACAAACGGUUGAACUCGACGUCCGAUGGCCCGGGGUUAGUUUAUCAUUCGAACCAAAACGGAUUACUACAUACCCAGACUCGUGGCAACAAGUCGUAAUCAUAAUGAAAUUCGAAGGGCCUCAAUGUGAACCUGCCGUUGGGUCUGCUGUGCCUAUGCUGUGGCUCGAUUUAAUAUACUGUGGUCUAUCUGCCAAUGCGUGCAAGAACGUCUCCAGAGAGUCGUCCCGUGGUUCUAUGGAACAUUUGAUCGUUCAUUCUGAACAAAUUCGUGGUUACCCGAGAUUUAGGAAAAUUUUUUUAAAAUGCGAUGUUUUUGGUAUAGCUGGUUUUUACACGGCGGUAUUGAGGCCGCCCAAACGCCAAGCAUUCUUCACUCACGUCAUGGACGGGCAGUUAGAGGUUAUUCCGAGCAAUAAAUUUACCUUGAACGUACACGGGAAAUCGAUAUUCCCUUGUGAUAACUAUGGUGGUGGUGUUCCUGUGAUGUUUCAGUACCCGUCGUGUAUCUUGCCAACUUCAGACAAAAUCAGAUUGUUCGGUCGACAACGCGAAGAUGUGUCUACACUGUUACCGCCAACCAAAUUGCAUUACGUAUCCGAGCAUCGAAUAGUUAAAGGACGCCAUAGCGUGUACUUCGAUUGCGAUUUAUUCUCGGAAAAAUAUAUUGAAUAUUGUUUCGUCUAUGUUAAUCAAGCUAUAAACAGAGCAUAUACAAACAUCAAGACUAACUGUGUACCGACAUUACCAAUCACUGAUGACGAUUCCGGACAAUGGAGUAAAUGGAGUGAAUGGUCGCCGUGUUCAACCACGUGUUAUGGAGGAACUAGGAAUAGAUACAGAACUUGUGACUCGCCUCCGCCGAAAUAUGGCGCCAAAUUUUGUCAGGGUUCAUCGUUACAAACUGAACCGUGUGGUGAAAAACAAAUGUCUGGCAAUGAAUGUGGUAAAAUUGAACAACAAAUUCAAAAAUACAAUAACACUUCAACUACCGGUUUUUUACCUGCACAUGUUAGUGAUGAACUGGGUGCUGAAUGUCGAUGUGGAUGCGUUAUUCACAUGUCCAAAGCUACUCGAACAUUAUCUGCCACGACGAAGGGAUGUCCUGGACGAUCGUUUUGGUUAAUAAAAGCUGAAGAAAAAACUACAAUACAGUUUGAUUUCAUUCGACUGUUUUUAUCAUGCCCAAACCAAUGGAUUAAACUUCGCGAUGGCGAUUCAACAGCUUCUAAUCUUUUAGCACAUUUAGAAGGCACUCCAGAUUCUAUAAAUCCAAUUAUGUCAACUGGAUCCUACCUACUAGUGGAAUUCUUUUCAAGUAUAACUGUACUAACAAAUGGUGAUUGCUUCGGAGGAUUUUUUGCUCAAAUAAAUCGCAUUGGAGCCAAUAACUGGUCUUUACCAAAUUCAAGCCAUGUAGAAUUCAAUAACAACCUUAUUUAUUUAAUAUCAGAUAUCGAUUCGUUUUUAGCUACAAUUUCAGCAAUUUUAUUAUUUUUGCUGGUUACUUGUAUGUGUUUUUCCUUGCAAUUUGCUGAACGAAAACACAAAUACCAUAAAGCUAUUAAUACAAUGGACAAACAUUCUAAUAUGGGUUCAACUUGCAGUAUGUUAAACGAUAAUGAAUAUAUGGCAUCAACUACUACUUUACAAUCGCAUGUACCACCAAUUCUAGAAAUUUUAGAUACUGAUAAAAGCCAAUACGAUGUGGUUGAAGAAGAAACAAUUUCUGUGAUAGGAAGUGAAAAUGUACAAGAAGAUAAGACCACAUAUUCACCAAAAAUAGAUCAAUGUACACCUUUUGUAUCUCAAACGUCGUUGUCUUCAAGGAAAAUUAUUACUCAGUCGACAUCCACUUUGAACGGUCGACCAAAAAGCCAUAAACAAAAUCCGUUGACUAGUAGCACAGAUUCGAGCAUCCACGGACACGAUGUAUCGGAUUUAGAAAUGGAUUACUAUGACUAUAACGUCCAAAACACAAACAGUGUACCUGGAUCGUAUAUAGGAAUGGACCCGGCUUAUUGUUUAUGGAUACCUCCUUUAUCAGACCAAAGUCCCGGGGAUCACCAUGAAAAUAUGGAAAUGUCCAUUUUGGAUAUAAAAAAUGACAAGUGCAAAAAGAAUUGCGAAAUUAGCAGCAAGUACAAUAAUAGGUUGUCUGCUGAUAGUGAAUCCACGCUAGUUAGCGAAGAUUGUGUUUCAUUAAAAACGCUAAAAUCAUCACCAAAAGCGUAUUUUACUAAAAAUAAACAAAAGGCUGAGUAUAUAAAUGAUUCGAGUAUCAAGUUUGUUGAUGAAGAUGACGGAGUUGAUACAAAAGACGUUUAUGUAGAUAAUAAAGCAGCUUAUACACAUUAAAUUUCGUUUAUAAAAACCUUUGAAGUUGAAUUAUACACAACUAUAUGUAUAUUGUACUUAAAUUAAGUUAUUUAAUAAUUGAAUUUUGAAAAUAUAUCUUUCACUAUAUAUUGUAAUAUUGAUUUUAGAAGAACUACCUAGUUGUUUUAUGUAGUAAUAAUACUUUUUUUUUUACAAUGAAUAGAGCAAUACAUUAUUGUAUUAGUGUUAAAAAUGUUUAAAUGUAUACAGUAUUAUUGUAAAGUUGAAAAGGAGCAAAUAUUUU